GCUUUGGCCGAGACUUCUCUCUGGCGACUUAAGGCUACUGUAGCCCGUCACCAUUGCCAUCGCUGUAGGAGCUUUGUUUUGUGGUUUCUUUUCUCUUUGACCUCGGAUUCUUGUUCUCCAUUUCUGGGCGAAUCCACCCAUAGGAGAAAUCGUUGUUUACUGCUCCCUCUUGUGAGCUGUGGACGUUGACUUUGUUUGGUACUGUUCACCUUCUUCCCCGAUGAACCUCUACUCUCUUCCUUGAAGUUCUUGCACUAUGGGUUCCAGCAAAGCCCAGAGUACGAAGAAGGUCAAAAAGAAGAAAGGGAAAGGAGAUGACUCGUCGCAACUACCGAGCAUAGAUACGGACGUUGCUGUUGAAUUGGAGGAGAAGGAGAAGGACCAGGCUUAUUCCUUCACUUCUGAGACAUCACCUCACUGUGACGAAUACUCCAGUGACCCCCCAUGUGCUCGACGUUAUGCCUCAGCCAGAGAAAGCAACUGCAAAGCUUGUCACCUUUACUGAUCUUUUUAAGGGCAACAGAGACCCUGACCAAGGUAUGAUUUUGAAACAAUAUGAUGCUGGUGAAGGCAUCUUGCGUAUUCCAGACUCAAUUAUCAAACCUGUUGAAGAUAUUUGGGGGUUUUGUCUUGUGGGCUGCUUUACUGGUCGUUUCCCUGGCAUUAAAGCUGUCGAUGCCAUUGUUAAAAGCUGGAAUAUUCCCUGUAGAAUCAUACCCCAUUGUAAGGGUUGGGUGGUGCUGAAAUUUGAAAAUGACAAGGACAGGUAUGAACUGCUGGGAAUGGAGAGGAGCAAGGCUUAUGGCAAAGAGUUUAGGCUUAAAAUACCCUCUCAUGGCUUCAUGUUUGACUUCGCUGAAUUCACCACCUUGCCAGUAUGGAUUCAGUUACACAAUGUUCCUUUGCAAUUAUGGUCAGAGGAGGGUAUUGGGAUGCUGGCUUCCAAAGUGGGUAAACCUCUUCGUACUGACCUGGUAACCAAACAACUUGGCAAAAGUGGUUUCUGCAGGGUUCUUGUUGAGGUGGAUUUCUCUAAAGAACCAGUUACUAGCUUUGAGGUGGAAUGUAUGGGGAAAAACUAUGUCCAAACAGUGGAAUUUGAGGAGGAGCCCAAAUAUUGCUUCCACUGCCUGACAUGGAACCAUAGCCCAUUCAACUGCAGAGCUUUGGAACAAAAGAAGAAGAAAGAAUUGAGUAACUUGGUGGACAGCAAGGCUUCUCAAAUGCAAUCUAAAGGUGAUCCUAAUGCCAAGAACAAAGGUAGUGGGGGGUACACUGAACCUAAAGGGGGAAAUAUCCCUUCAUCUUCACACACUGCCAAGGAGAUGGAAAUACCCUUUACUGCUGGGAUUGGUGUUUUGACUAAGGUACCUAAUCCUACGGAAGUUUUGACUAACGUCCCUGCGAAACCUGGGGAAGCUUUGGCAGGAUUGGAGAAGAAAAAGAAGAAAGGACAGGAUGGUGCUCCUGCUGGGAAGAAACAGGAUUUUAAGAAGGGAGGUAAGGGGCCUGGCCCACCUCACAGAUGAAGGUUCUGUGCUGGAAUAUUAGAGGACUAAACAGGUCCUCUAAGCAGAAUUUUUUGUGUAAAUAUUUGUUGGAACUUGGUGUCCAUUUUGCCUGCAUUUUGGAAACAAAAAUUUCAGGAACCAAGUUAGAGGGGUUUGUGAAUGCCAAACUACCUGGGUGGAAAUGGUCUUCUAAUUUUGAUAUUAUUUCUGGAGGCCGUAUGGUUAUUUUGUGGAAUCCAUCCGUUUUUGCUUGCAAUGUUUUGAGGUU